UAAUUUGUAGCGUUUUUGACAGCAUCAGACCUGGGAUUUUAGCAGAACAUAUAACCCAAAAACAUCCCGGCAAAACUGCGGGAUUUUGUGCGUUUUUGAGGAAGAUCGCGUCUCUGGGAAUGUUGUGGAAGUGAGGGAGAUGUUUUCCCACCCUUAGGAUGCCUGGAUGUGCGCCUGUGUCGCCGUUCUGUGUGGAUAUAUGGCUAGUUUUUCGGGCCUCUACCGCGGCUCGAUUUCUCCAUGUUUGUUUGCACUGAUCGAGACAAGCCAACCUUAAUAGUGCUCGUUCCAGACCAUCUUGCCGCCCUGUGCGUGUGUGGGACCCGUCCUACCGUCCCGAGAGUGCGUGGGACCCUUCCUGCGGCGCUGUACGUGUGUGUGGCCCGUCUACAGGACCGCGAACCUGCGCUGUAAACGCGGGACUGUAGCGCACUGCACUGUGGAUAUUACCUGCGGAUAUUUACUCUUGUCAGGUCUAAACAGGUCUGAAGAUUGAUGAGCGACACAACAGACAGCCAUCACCAUUACCAUGGAUGAAAAAGAGGCUUUGAACUCCAUCAAGAAUGACCUGGCUGCCGGCAUGAAGCAGUCGGCCUGGCACAAGUCGCAUUCCAGCUCCAAAUCCUCCUCACAGACUGAUGUCAGGGUCAAGUUCGAGUUCCAGGGGGAGAAAAGAAUAAUCCAGGUCCCCCGACCAGUCAACUUCCAGGAUUUACAAAAUAAAGUGAAGACGGCGUACGGGCAGCUACUCACCAUGUUCUACACUAACACUGAGACCACGGGUACCAAACCGGUGCCCAUCUCCAGGUCCAAGUCCACCACGGACGCCACCAAGAAGAAGACGGAUCGACAGUCUCCGCCUCCGGGCUACAUCCCCGACUCCGAAGUGCGACACAGUAGUUCCUACACUUCCAUCGAGGGGGAGGGAACCUUCAUACCUGAGUCAAGUCUGGACUCGGAGUCGGUCGACCCUCUGGAGUACAGUAGUCCAGAAAACUCGGGCAGUUCUGCCUCGCUCGACAGACUAAGUAGUGACAGCUACUAUAACAGACUACGGAUGAGUCGGACCAAGAGCUCCUCUGCCUUCUCAGACGAGUUCCUUGGCGCUGGGUUUUUAGGCCCUCGUUCUUGGGUCUCAGAACACGAGCUGGCCCAUGUGGAGCGCGCCGGGAAAGGUGGAACGUACCCCAGAAGAUCCACCAUCAUGACGAACCCGCAUCACGACUACAGCGACGGGCGUAAAACAUUCCCCAGAACGAGAAGACCGCAGCCCAGUCCGACCUUGAGAAGACCGGUGGGCACGUUCAGUCCAAGGUCGGGCAGCGAGCGUUCCCUUAGCAACAGCAGCAGCAGCAGCGGGCUGGUGACGGACUCCGAGAGACGAGACAGCGAUUACGACCUUGCCGUCCUGAGUCUCCAGGACCUCAACCCGGCGAGAUGUAAGUCAUCACCGAGAGCUCCCACCAACUGGCGACAGGGCAAGCUGCUCGGGCAGGGCGCCUUCGGACAGGUGUAUCUCUGCUACGACGCCGACACCGGCCGAGAACUCGCGCUCAAACAGGUCCACCUCGACCCCAAAAACGUGGAGGCCUCAAAGGAAGUGAAAGCUCUGGAGUGUGAGAUCCAGCUGUUGAAGAACCUGCAGCACGAGAGGAUAGUUCAGUACUACGGCUGCAUCCAGGACGAGAACAGGCUCUGCAUCUUCAUGGAGUACAUGCCGGGGGGCUCUGUUAAGGACCAGAUCCGACAGUAUGGAGCUCUUACCGAGAAUGUAACACGGAAAUACACACGGCAGAUACUGGAGGGAAUUCUCUAUCUGCAUAGCAACAUGAUUGUCCACAGGGAUAUCAAAGGUGCAAAUAUAUUGAGGGACUCCUCAGGAAACGUGAAGCUGGGAGAUUUCGGGGCGUCGAAGCGGAUCCAGACGAUCUGCAGCGCCACCGGAAUGCGCACGGUCACGGGGACGCCAUAUUGGAUGAGCCCAGAGGUCAUCAACGGGGAAGGUUACGGCAGAAAAGCUGAUAUAUGGAGUAUAGGUUGUACAGUUGUGGAGAUGCUGACAGAGAAGCCCCCGUGGUUCGACUACGAGCCCAUGGCAGCCAUUUUCAAGAUUGCCACGCAGCCCACCAUUCCCAAGCUUCCGGCCGGCGUCUCGGACUGCGCACACGACUUUCUCAGGAUCAUUUUCCAGAAAGACCACAGACAAAGGGCGUCCGCUCAGGAACUCUUAGAGCACUCCUUUGUCUUCAACUACUGAACCUGUGUGAUGAGCGCCCCCUGGCAGGUGCAGUUGGCGCUGCAGGCAGGUUCACCAGGUUGUGUCAUGUGAUGCCCAUGUGACUGUCGUAAUGGUCCAAAUUGUGACUGGCCUUUUGCUACCUACCUACCCAUGUGACUGGUCGUGUGCUGCCCAUGCAGCUGUCAGGUGCUGCCCAUGUGAUCGUCAUGUGAUUGUCAUGUGAUGCCCACAUGGACAGGUCAGGGGUCUGUUCCAAUGGCUACUUUCUGUGGUGUUAUUAAAGAUUGUGGGAUGUUUCCCCUUUCUUGCGGAACAGACCUCGGAUUCAACAGGACACAACAGGAAUUAUAAGAGCAGCCAGUCUAGAAGAUGAGACCAAAUUGUCUGUUGCGAUAGUUUUUUCUAGAUCAGGGGCCAUGCACUUCUAACAGCAAAUUAGUAUUUGUUCCGUGCUCGGUUGGUCCCGAAGAAGUGAAUUUCCAGUACAUAAUUCUUUGGACUACCUGUGUAUAUUUAUUUGAGCAUUUCAUUGCCAUGCAGAGGUUUUUAAUCAAAGCGAAUAUGUUGGUUUUUAUGAGAAUAAAUUAUUGAUAAUACUUCCAUCUCGUGGCCCUUGAGAGCAGUUUGUAAAUGUUUGUGAGAGUAAGGAUCAGAGGUCACCCAAAAUUCCGUCGGACUUGGGGCGGGUAAAAUCAAACUAUCCAAGUCAAAACAGUCGUUUUGUUUCUUUAGCAUUCAUUGAAUUGAAAUGUGCCGCUUCUAGGGGUCAAUGUGAAAAAUUAUGUGUUGAUGGAUUUGAAGGUCACCCCCUCCCCCUUCUAGUGUAUCAGUUCUAUAUGUUUGGUACAGACAAGGUCAAGUUGAAGGUCGCCCCCCUCCCCCCUGCUAGUGUAUAUGUUUGGUAAAGACAGGUUGAAGCUGAAGGGCGCCCCCCUCCCCCAUGCUAGUGUAUCAGUUCUAUAUGUUUGGUACAGACAAGGUCAAGUUGAAGGUCGCCCCCCUCCCCCCUGCUAGUGUAUAUGUUUGGUAAAGACAGGUUGAAGCUGAAGGGUGCCCCCCUCCCCCAUGCUAGUGUAUUAGUGCUAUAUCAUUGGUACAGACAGGGUCAAGCUAAAGGUCGCCCCCCCCCCCCCUCCCCCUAAUCGUAGAAACAGUAGUUCCGCUGUGGAAGGUCAUAUGGUCUUAGCUAGCAGGCUGUACCAUUUGUUCUUUUGGGAGGGGGUAUGAGCUGGUUGAUAAUACAUGUAUGUGAAGAAUGGUUCUAGAGGGUAUGAUCCUCAAGUAAGAAAAAAAA